GGACUCUCGCACUUUGUAGCAUUUGUAGUUGAAAAUGGCCGCUUGAAGUAUCUCGUCAACAAGUAUCUCGUGUGUUCUGCAAAAAUGUACUCGUACGAGCAAUUAGAUUGCCCCGAAAUCUGGAAUCAAGCCAUUCGCGGUUUGGAGGAAGAGAUUCCACGGUUUGGAGGAAAAGGUUCUACAGUGUGUUGGAUCGGUUCGUUAGAUUCGAGACAGUUUUACGAACAUAAUUGUCCGUCCGUCUACAGCCGUUUGAAAUUGAAGCAUUUUGAAAAUCAAAGAAGAUCAAAGCUUCAGAGAGGACAAAAUACCAGUAUAAGACAAAAUACCAAUAAAGACAAAAUACCAAAUUGAGUCCAAAUUCACCAGGGAUUCCUUUGCUCUUUGGAUCUGCACGUUUAGACCUUUCUAAUAUCACUUGUAUAAUAUCGGUUUUUUUUUUCCUGUCAAGAUGUAUUCCACACAGCAUCAGACAAUGACUCACUUAAGUGCAAUGAAAAAAUGGCAAAGUCAGGAUUUACGUGGAGAAGAUAGUUCACCAUCUACGAAUGGUCAGAGAACAUCUUUCAUCCGAACAUGGACUAAUUUUGUUAGUGGAAAUUAUUUACCAAGUAUGUGGUCGGGAAAUAAUCCGCUGUCUGUCACUAUCGUAAACGGCGAAAUAUUGAAUUCUAAUCUUCUGGAAAAUUCGUCAAUGAAGAACAAGGAUCUGACAUACAUUUCACAAGAAAAAAAGCUUUUACCUGGUUUGAGCAAGCCAAAUUAUCCUCAGAAUUAUGUCCUUCCAAUGCUUUCUAUGUUAGAACAUGUGCCUAUGAAUCAAUAUUGGCCUAGUCUAACUAACAAGAUUAAAAAUGAUGUGAAUCUUUUGAAGAACUUUGGUAAUACAUUCAAGGGUAAUAGCAAAAUGGAAUCUCAUUCUUUGCUGCGCGUCAAUAAGGCAGAGAAGUCAAUUGAAAGUACUAUAAACUACCCUAAUCCUUUGAAUGUUAAUCCACAGAAAGGUGACAUUUACGAAGAUAUGGAUGUCGAAUCUUUCUUCGUCGUUUCUCACUCAGAUGUCUCAGCUGCACCCAUAAAUUUUAGGGAAAACCCAAUGUCGCGUCUCUCCAACGUCUGUCGAAAUAUUUGGAACAGCUUGACUAGUCGACUAUACUGCAAACCAGAGUCCACGAGAAUGUUUGUCAAGCGUCCUCUGUAUUUAGCGAAGCAUCGGAGAAAGGCCAAUGCCAUUACGGUAGGCCGGGGUCGCGGCAGAGCGAAGUGUCAAUUAAGACGUUCUGGGGUGAGUCAAACCAUAUGGAACCGAAAGGAAUGUAUUAAGUCUGACGAUGAGACAUGUUGGCAGAACAAUCUUGUCGAUAUAACAGUAAAUGAUUGUUCAUUGGAUAAUAAUCUUGACAGUUUAGGAUCCAAUGUGGAUACUGUGGAUUUCGCUCAAGCCACAAGACAGAUUACUAGUCCGACAAUACCUAGCUCUUCCAGAGCAACAUCUACAAAAGGAAAGCCGAAGGCGCGUAAAAAGAAGAAAACUAAAGCAAAAAACAUUACCAAAGUGCAUUACAUAUCUAAUUCUUCGAGGAUGAAUGAUUGUUGCGAGGACAGCAAUGGCGAAAUGUCUAAUGUACGAGAAGAUUCGUUUCGAUUACGGACAUUGUCGGAGAACUCCAGUGAUGGUUGGAUCGUUUUCGAGGAUGACCACGACGAUGACGAAUGGCUGGAGAUACGUGAGAAACAAGAAGCGACAGAAUACCCUACCGAAGGAUGUUGUGUAAAUAAUUUUUCAAUAAGGAUGAGCGAUCGUACCUGCAAGGAUUCUGAAAUUUACAAGCUCGAGCAAGCUUCGUUUCGAUUGCGGUUGUCAUCAGAAAGUUCUACCGAUUCUGAAAACAGCAGUCGCAGUUCUACAGACUCGAAGCAGCAGGUCACGGAAUACCCGAGAAUGCAUUAUGAUCAUUUGUUGAAGAUUAGCGACAAAAACCGCAAAGAUUAUAGUAGUAUAAUGCAAAAGACUGUGUAUCAACCCUGCCGAUUAUUGUUGAACUGCUCCAAUGAUUCUGAUGAUUCCAAGUCUGAUAUUUCUGAUAGUUCCUCUGAAGAAAAUGACGUUGACGAUUGUGACGAAGUAAGCUUCCACGGUGGAGAUAGCCAACUAGAGGACGAUUUGGUUGUUUUUACCGAGGAAGACAAUGAGGAAUUAACAGCGCAAACAAAGAAGGUAAAGUUUAACCUGCAACCUGUCGUACACGUCAUGAUAGCAUGGGAUUAUGCGUAUCGAGCAGCCCGAAGAGGUCAUUGGGAACAAUUCGCGCGGGAUAACGAAAGAUUUAGAGGACGUAUAAAUUCCAUCUCAAUCGUUCUCGAUCCAAUUUUAAAAAAUCAGCACCGCUCGCAAGUUUGGCAGGAACGAUUCGCUUUUCCGGAUUAACAUUAGCCUAAUUUAUGAUUUAAAAUAAAAUAAUUUAAUACAUUACUAUAAAAAAAUUUUCUUUUAACAUGUGACUAAAAUAUAUGUGAUAUGCGAUAUAGUUUGUUAUACGAAUCUUUAUUCAUCAAAAUAGUUAUUGUCGGCGAUACUUGUGAUACUUCUUUCUGUCUUUAAAGAAAUUUCUCAAUUUUUCUGAUUGAAAACGGGAGUUAAUAGGAUAAUAAUAAGUUUUUUUCGUCAAUUUAGUGAAAUUUGCUUUACUUCUCGAGAUACAUUUCACAUGAAAAAUGCGAGUUUCAAAAAAAAAAAAAUUGAAAUACAUGUGAACAUAAAUUGUUCAAUUCUCUUUUAUAUAUAUAAAGCUUUGAAAGAAGUAUGUAUAUUGCUUAUCUUUAUCAUGAAAAAAUGUGAGCGAAUUUUUAUUCAAUGUUACAUAGUGUUUUUUUUCUAGAGACAAUAUAGUCGUUUUUCAGCUAAUACAUUUUCCACGUAAUCCAUCAAGAAUUAAUCAGAGAUACAUUUAAGAUAAUUACGUUUAAAAUCAUCUAAAGGCAAAAUUUUUCAUUGCUUUAUAUACUUGUGACACAGAAAAUUUUUCUGUUAAAUCCUAUUUUAAAUUAGAAUGCUGAAUUAGGUUUUUAUUUUUAUUUUUUUUUAAAUAAAAAUAAAACGAGAGAGGGGGGAGGGGAGAGAGAGAAAUCGCUGAUAACUAUUUUGAUUAAUAAAGAUUUUUAUGCUACUGAAUAUCAUGUGUAUUUCAGCUAUAUGGUAAUAGAAACUUUUUAUAGAUGAUGUUCACAGUCAUCUGUACAAAUGUUACAAGUUUUAUAAGAAAAUGAGGAAUUUUAUCUUUGGUUUUUUAAAACGUUUAAAUUUUGAAUGUGAACAGAACACAUGAUCAACACAUGUAUAUAUGUAUAUUACGAUAACGACAACAAAAGUACGUUUACUCAAGAAAGGAACAUCUAUUAAAUGUCAACUAUCAAAUGUAUCUCUUAAUAGAUUAGAAAAUGUAUUAGUUGAAAGAUGGUUGUACAUUUGUUCUUGUUGUCUUAUCGUUAUCUUAAAAGUAACGUUGUACAAUAUAUUGUAACAUAAUAAAAAUUCAGAAACUUUUUCCAUGAUAACAAGAUAUACGACAUACUCAAACGAGUAACAUAAGAAGACUGUUCAUCAGAGAAUUCAUACAUUGGUAAAGAAAAAUCAACAGACGCGGUUUUGGGAGAGAAACGAUAGCUUGGGUGCGAAUUGUAUAAUAUAUUAAAUGGCAUAAAAAUAUUAAUACGUAAAAUUUUUUUGUUUGCUUUAUUAUACAUUCAUCUUUUGCGUUAUUGCACUUCUUUAUCUAUUCUUUUCGUGUGCUUCUUAUAUAACAUUACAAAUAAACAUAUUCAAAUUCUGUAUUGUGUGUUCUUAUGUUACUCUUUUGAUUUAUCAAUAAACUUUGUGUAUGAUUUGUAGUAACGUGUGUAUCACUCUUAUAAUACUCGUAUGUUUUGUUUUUCGAGCAAGUGAUAUGGAAAUGAAGGAAAUAAGUGUAUAAAGAAGAAAAGUUUUAUUUGGGUUCGUCACAAAGUUUAUUUUUUGCGACAAGCCGAAAGAAAUGUUACGUGUGCAAACAGAAUAAUUGUCGUUUACACUUGUGCUAAUUGAGAUCGUGACUUUCGUGAAACAUUUUCUUAUUAAUAUGGGUGCAAAGCAAAUAUUUUUUUCGGAAUUAAUUGACGAUUUUAUGUGCUUAAAAUUAAACUGCCGAUGACACUGACAUUGAAAUGUAGGACAAUAUAUCGAAAAGAAUAAAUUUGUAAAUUUUUAUAUUAUGUUUUUCAGUAGUGUUGAGUAUGACAGACAUUUUCUGACAAAAUUUCUUCGGAGACUCAUUCUUUAUUAACGUCUCUUGGUGCAAAAUUUAAUUAGCUUAUAAUUCAAACAUGGCUUUAUAUUGUUUCCCAAUGAUUUAAUAUUAAUAUUAAAUUAUUCUUAUAAAUAUAAAUAUUUAUAUUCUAUCUUUUGUAAUGGCGAUUUCUUUCUCAUAAAUAUCUCAUAGUGUGUCAUCUCUCAUGCGUGUCUACAAGCCACUUUGCACCAUCUCGCGAGCACAAUUUUCAGACGCAUCGAUUUCAUUUUUCUCGCCGAUUGUCUACGCAGAUAUCCACACGUUCGCUUAUAAUAAUUGCGAUACUUGUACUGGGAAAUUUCUCAUGAUAACGUAACAAUAGGAAAAUGAUAGGACUAGAACUGUGUCAAGGACAAGUUACGUGACUAUCGCUUAACGAGCCUAUCACUAAAAAUUGAGAAUUUGAAUUAAAAUUUAUGAUCAUCAAGAUUCUGUAAUGAGAAAGGUGACAAAUUAUUUAAAAAAUACAUCGUGACAUCAUCUAGACGUUUUAAAAUUUCGAAAAAUUUUUUAUGGGAUUAUUGUUAGAAAUAGAACCUAUGUGACUUAUGUAUUUGCAGCGUCUUGUGCUCUAAUUAGACAUCUCUAAGACAGUAUUUUAAAAUGUAUUUAGGACGUUUUAUUUGCUUUGUUUAUCGUUUUUAAUAUGUACAAUUUCAAUCGGCAAAACAAAUAAUAAUGCACAUUUAUGUUAACGUGUAAACAGAAAAAGGAACCAAGAAAUUAUAUCAAUAAUUUAUUGUAAUGUAUAUGUUUUUUAGUAACGACAAUAUACCCAGCAAACGGAAAUGGAUUUAAAAAAUUAAAAAUUUGGAUUUGGCAAUAAUCACACGAAUUCAUUUCUAUCCAAUUAAAGUUUAAGAAUUCCUAAAUCCAUUUUAAUUCAGGAAGUGAGAUUAAAAUUGCGGGAUUUUUUUUUUAAUCCAAAAAGUUAUGCAGUCCAUAUAAUCCAUUGUGAUUCAUGAAACGAGAUUGAAAUGAAGUGAUUUCUAUUCUUUCAAUCUAAAAGAAGUUUUCGCGGAUUAUCCAAAUCAUUUUAAUCCAUAGGAUUGAAAUGACUUAAUUGCUGUCUUUUAAUUCAAAAUGUAUUCAAAUGAAUUAAAAAAUGAAUUAUAAAUUUUCAAUCCAUUUUCGUUUACUGGGUAUUUGUUGCAAAUUUCAUGUAAUUAAUGUUAAUAGUGUUAAUAGAGAAAAGAUCUACAUAUACAAAUAUGCACAUAUGUAUAUAUGUAUCAUUACAUGUACAUGUGUCACUAGUAAUGUAUAUUUUUAAUGUAAUAUAUAAUUUUUAUAUGUAAUUUAUAAAAGUGUAAUAAAAUUCAAAAUUUGUCUCUAA